AUGGCCCUCUGGGUGGUUCUGAAUGACCAAGAGAGAUCGAACAUGACAGACGCCCAAGAGAGGUUGUGGGGGUACAGCAAGAAGGCGGGCAUGCUUACCGGGUAUUCUAUGGGGUAUUAUCUAUGGGAUUUGAUCACCAUGAUGAAGAACACUAGAUCCUUUGGUACAGGAAUGUUGCUACAUUCUCAAUCGUUUCUCCAGUUCUACGCGCCAUGGGGUAUUCUUUACCAGCUUUCGAAUCCGUUCCUUCAAGUUCAUUGGUUUUGUGACAUGUUGGAUAUGACUGGUUGUAAUGUACAACUUUGUAAUGGCCUUGCAUUGUUGUUCGUCUUCUUUUGGUCUCGUAUAAUAUGCGGGAACUAUCAGUCUUUGGGUCUUUACCACGAUAUCUGGACCUCUUAUUGCAAAAAUCACUCGCCGAUCAGUUUCGAUUCUGGUGUCAUGGGUCUGGCGAACAGAAACCCGUCUGAUACAUGUCAGGCUACUCAGGAAGGUUGCGUUCCGCUGUGGUUGGCAUUCACCACCUCUCUCGCUGUUGCGGCGUUAAGUGUCAUGAACUGCUUCUGGUUUUACAAGUUGAUCCGGAGCAUGAAUCGACGGUUUAUCUUGGCAAAACAACAACCCAAAAGAUGCGCCAGUGGAAUUUUGAAGGUAAACAGCGCAAAUGUCGCUGGUACAUCAAUUUUUGGGUGGCCAUGGAGGAUGUUCGUGAAGCUACUGCCCUGGUUGGCCGGGUUUCUCUAUUUAGGAGAUCGCAUUGCCCUGCGAGAAAAAAUUGUCAAGACGCUGCAACUUUUCAGGCACACGGCAGCACGUAUUAUUUCAAGGAAGCUCGUGCUGGACAUGAGAGAUACGUCGACUGAGAAAUUGGCACCAUUAACGGAAAUGGAAGUGAAGGUGCAGAGACUUUGGGCCGAAAUCUUGGAAUUGGAUGUGGAUACCAUAGGACUGAAGGACAACUUUUUCCGACUCGGUGGGAAUUCUGUCCAAGCAGUAUCGCUCGUAGCUGCAUCGCGAGCACACGGGGUCCAGUUUACCGUUGCAGACUUGUUUGCCAACUCGACAAUAUCUGAGUUGUCCUUGGUCGCAACUGGAAUCGAGAAAUCAACCCACGUUGACCUAAUGCCAUUUGAAAUUUCAAGUGGGCAUGAAGCUACCGACACCAUCGUUGAUGAGGCUGCUGCCAUGUGUACCGUACAUCGGGACAAUAUUGCAGAUUUGUACCCAUGUACACCUCUACAAGAAUCACUCAUGGCCCUCUCUAUCAGGACAACUGGCGCAUAUGUGGCCCAACACCUGAUCUCACUUAAGUCGACGCUGGACGUGGACCGGUUCCGCGCCUGUUGGGAGACCGCUGUGAAAUCCUCACCCAUCUUACGUACAAGAAUAGUGCAGUCUAAUUCUUCACGGAAAAUGCUUCAAGUGGUUAUCCAGGAGCAUCCGAGCUGGGCGGUCAGCUCGGAUCUCCAGACAUAUCUUGAAAAUGACAAGCGGCUGACUAUGAGCUUCGGAGAACCAUUAAAUCGAUGCGCCAUAGUGAAUGAUAUUACCAGCGCGCAAUCCUAUCUGGUAUGGACGAUGCAUCACUGCAUAUACGACGGUUGGUCUUUAUCGUUGAUCAUAAAAACCCUUCUUCAACUGUAUGAAGGUGCGACGGUUCCCAAUCCGACCAACUUCAACAGCUUUGUAAAGCAUGUUGAAGGCGCGAAUGGUGAUGCGGCGAGAGCAUUCUGGCAGUCACAAUUAUCCAGCUCACAACCAUCAACAUUUCCAAUCGUUACAGGAGCGAUGUGUACGACGACGGUGGAAAGUUCCUACAAGCACCAAAUUUGCAUAUCACGGACCACAAACACGGACAUAACCACCCCGACCAUAAUCCGUGCAGCAUGGGCACUUCUGAUGUCUAUGUACGAAAACAGCAAUACUGUUGUGUUCGGUGUAACCAUCGCAGGAAGAAACGCACCAGUGUCUGGCAUUGAGAACAUCGUCGGGCCUACGAUCGCAACUGUACCUUUCCGUGUCAAUAUUCAUCCCAACCAGACCAUAAGCGAGUAUCUAGAAGUGUUGCAGAAACAAGCUACUACUAUGAUCCCUUUCGAGCAAUACGGCCUCCUUAAUAUCAAAGCUAUCAAUUCGGAGACCCAAUCAGCGUGCGAAUUUCAGAACUUGUUAGUCAUACACCCAACAACUUGGAGCAAGGAGAUAGGUCGCAUUGGCAGCGUCGAGACAUACCUGAGUGAGCUUGAAAACGACAAGACUUAUCCAUUGGUCAUGGAAUGUACGCUCACUACAGAUGGAAUUCAGAUCAAAGUAAGUUUUGAUAGUAAGAUCGUGGACAAACCCCAGAUCGUAAGACUUACUGGGCAAUUCGAACACCUGAUAAAUCAGAUAUGUUGGAAGCAUGAAGUUGCGCUUGUAGGCGAAAUCAAAAUGAUCAAUCGAAAGGACCAGACAGACAUCUGUGCCUGGAACAGCAACUGCCCGGAGGCCGUGGAGGCGUGCGUGCACGAGACCGUCGCGCAGCAGGUCGUCGCGCGCCCUGACGCGCCAGCUGUCUAUGGGUGGGAUGCUAGCUUCAGCUAUCGCAAGCUCGAUGAGCUGUCGACGCAGCUAGCACGCCAUCUUGUUGGCCUCGGUGUCGGACCAGAGAAGUUCGUGCCAUUGUGCUUCGAGAAGUCAGCAUGGACCAUCGUUGCGAUGCUAGCUGUGCUAAAGGCUGGCGGCGCAUGUGUUUCUCUGGACCCAAAGCAUCCCAUUGACCGAUUGCAGGCUAUCAUCGCUGACCUUAACGCCGACCUUAUCAUUUCUUCUACAGCUAAUGCUGCUUUGUUCAAAGGGGUCGUUGACAAAAUCGUGUCUGUUGGCCCUACAGCAUUGUUUAGGAAGAUACCAUUAGUUCCUCAUCUAGGGGUUCAGAAAGCACGGCCAUAUGACCCUGCAUUUGUCAUUUUCACCUCAGGGAGCACUGGAAAGCCUAAAGGAGUCGUGCUUACGCAUGCAUCUUUCUGCACCACUGCACGGCAGCAUGGUGCGGCCAUGUUUCUCGGAUUCGACUCGCGGGUGCUACAGUUCGCCGCAUAUACGUUUGACCUUAGCCUGGCAGAGAUCUUUAGCACGCUUGUUCAUGGUGGUUGCGUUUGCGUGCCAUCUGAGAAAGACAAGAUGGACAAUCUAGGUAAAGUAAUUAGGACGAUGAAAAUUAACGUAGCCCACCUUACGUCGUCGGUGGCUAACCUAGUUCGACCUAAGGAUGUUCCAGGCCUCAAGUUUCUCGCCGUUGGUGGAGAGGCUACCACACAAGGUGUUGUUAAAAGAUGGGCGGAUAGCGUGUACCUGGUUAGUGUAUAUGGACCUUCGGAAUGCACAGUUUUCUCUUCUUGUCUUGGUGGGCUCCAACCAGAUACGUCCGGAGCAAAUAUCGGACGAGGGAUAGGAUCGGUGUUGUGGGUAGUGGACCCAGGGAACCAUGAACGACUUAUGCCCAUUGGCUGCGUUGGAGAGCUGCUAAUCGAGGGGCCUAUCCUAGCCCACGGAUACCUAAACGACCAAGAGAAGACCACUGCGGUCUUCAUCGAGAACCCUGAGUGGGCAGAGCACUUUGGACUAGGCCGCCGAAGACGUUUCUACAAAACGGGGGACCUAGUGCGGUACAACCCAGACGGCACGCUGAACUUCAUGGGCCGGAAAGACACGCAGGUUAAGCUGCGUGGGCAGCGACUCGAGCUGGGCGAGAUUGAGCACCACCUAGAGCUGUUGGUGCCUAGCAACUGGAAGCUGAUAGUGGAGAUGAUCCGGCCUACCUGCCGAGAUGGGGAUCCGAUGCUGGCAGCAUUUAUUUGUACUGAAGUUAGGCAGUAUGACACGGCUGAUGCAGACCUAGCAUUGUCCGCGUUGGCCGCGAUACACGACAAGAUGCUAGAGCUAGAGAACGGCCUAGCUGCACAGUUGCCAGGGUACAUGAUGCCGGCCGUGUACAUUCCCCUUCAGCACCUGCCUCUGACGAGUUCUGGCAAGACCGAUCGGCUGCGGCUACGGCAGCUAGGUGCGCGGCUGACUGUGCUGCAGCUGACGGCGUGCUCAGUGGGCGAGCGGACCAAGCGCCCGCCGUCGACAGUGAUGGAGUUAAAGCUACAGCAGCUCUGGGCCGAGGUGUUGCAUCUAGAGCUGAGCUCGAUCGGGGCGGACGACAGCUUCUUCCGUCUCGGAGGCGACUCGAUCCGGGCCAUGCGGCUCGUGGCGGCGUCCCGCGAAAAAGGGAUCGUGUUGACGGUGGCAGGAAUUUUCCAGACUCCCACGCUCUCUGACAUGUCACAGAAAAGCAACAUGGCAGAUGACGACAGCCUUAGGGAGAUUGCACCCUUUGGGCUGUGGGAAGAAACCGACAGCGCUGACUUCAAUCGACUGGAGGAAAUUGGAGCAAUUUGCAACGUGGCGAAGGACCAAAUUGAGGACGUCUAUCCUUGCACUCCCCAGCAAGAGGGUAUGAUGGCAAUUUCGGCGCGGCAGCACAAAGCGUACAUGGCUCGCAGAGUGUUCAAGUUGCCGCAAUCACUUGACCUUGGCCGCUUUCAGAUGGCAUGGGAUAGACUUGCUGAGGUACACGCCAUCCUACGAACGCGGAUCGUGCCCGCAGCGCGAUCAAGGCCUCUCCAGGUGGUGGUCAGAGAGAAGAUAUCGUGGCACAGAAGCGGAUCUCUGGAUGAGUACUUGAAGCAAGACGAGCAUGCUCCGAUGUCUUACGGCCAGUCUCUUACCCGAUAUGCCAUUCUCGGUCAGGCAGAUGCACGGGUCUUUGUGUUGACCGUCCACCAUGCACUAUACGACGGAUGGAGCUCCGCUUCCUUGUUUGAACAGGUGAGCCGCAUUUAUCGUGAGGGCUCAGUGCCUCAACCGGUGCCUUACAACAGAUUCAUUCACUAUCUUGCUGGUCUAGAUCAUGAGAGGGCCGCUAUGUACUGGCAAUCGCAGCUUAGUGGUAAAUUGCCGACAAGUUUUCCACCGCUGCCCUCUGCGACAUAUCAGCCGCGACCGAAUGAUUCCAUACGGCAAUUUGUGCCCAUGAUGCGGGGUUCGAAUUCCAGUGUGCUGACGUCAACUAUUGUGCGAGCCGCAUGGGCUGUCGUGGUUGCGCAGUUGUCGGACUCGGACGAUGUGUUGUUCGUUGUCACACUCACAGGCCGGAAUGCGCCAGUGCCAGGGAUCAUGGAAAUAAUCGCACCUACAUUCACGACAGUGCCGAUGAGAAUGCGCUUAGAUCGAGGACAACCUGUUCCUGACUAUCUGAACGGGGCCCAGAGCCAGGCGGCGGAGAUGAUACCAUUCGAACACACAGGGCCUCAAAAUAUCCGCCGACUAGCACUCGAUUUUAAGCACCUGUUGUUGAUACAGCCCUACAUAGACCAAGGAGAACAAUCCAGUAUCCUUGGCUUGGAGGUAGGUCCGACGCAUCUCAAGGACUUCGAUUCAUAUGCCCUGGUCAUGGAGUGUAAUCUGGCCAAAGACGGCGUUUUUUUCGAGGCUCGGUUCGAUGCUACAGUCGUCCCAACAGCGCAGAUGCAAAAGAUCUUGAAUCUAUUUCAUAAAAUGAUUUCCUUACUGAACGAGGAGAAGGGCGACAUGAAGUUGGGCGACGUAUUGACAUCUUAGUCGAUUAAGAUGUUAGAUUUCCCGUUAUUUGCUCGCUCGAUAAUUUCCUUACACCAAGGCAGCCUACGGCCGUCUUCCGCCGGCCGGAUAUUCGGAAGACCGCCCACUGCAUUCUUGUAGACAACGAGGCAGAGCGAUCAGAUGUCACAAGCCUUUGUGUAGUAUACAGUACGGUGCUUAGUAUAUACUUCCGGUGCAGCAUAGCAAUGUGUCCAUAUCAGAGUGGUUGGAGGUCAGCGGUUGUCUUUGAAAGGAUAAAGUCUGACAGUUUUAUGUGGAGCAGUUCUCGAGAUUGAAUGAGAAUGUUUUCUGGUUUAAUAUCUUAGUGAAUGAUGUUUGCUUCAGGGACAGAGGUUAAGCUAUUAAGGCUUUGAAGAGGGGUAUCGAAGAUUUCUUGAUUUGUAAUCGGAUGUUGUCUGUUUAUAUCUUCUAGGUUUCCAAAUAGAAGAUUCCUAGAGAGAAUGUGCAUCUUUAACGG